AUGGGAGGAAGAGGUAAAGGAGGCAAAGGCCUGGGAAAAGGCGGAGCGAAGCGGCACCGGAAAGUGCUCCGUGAUAACAUCCAGGGUAUCACGAAACCAGCCAUCCGACGCCUGGCUCGCCGUGGCGGGGUCAAGCGCAUCUCGGGCUUGAUCUACGAGGAGACCCGCGGGGUGCUGAAGGUUUUCCUGGAGAAUGUGAUCAGGGAUGCGGUCACCUACACUGAGCACGCCAAGCGCAAGACGGUCACCGCCAUGGAUGUGGUGUACGCUCUGAAACGCCAGGGCCGCACUCUCUAUGGAUUCGGCGGCUGAGCAUAAAGCGACCCUUUUCGAACGAACCCAAAGGCUCUUUUCAGAGCCACCCAAAUCCUCCGAUAGAGAGCGGAGGCCUGAGGACGGGGAAGGCAGUACACAAUGAGGGGAUUGUUACUCUCGCCGGUUAUUUCGCGUUUCUCGCGUCUUGCAAUUAUUUCAGUUUCGAAAAUGUACUAAUGCCGUGUUCUGAGGUCCGGCAGAGAACAUUUGGAGUGGACGGUUCACUUUGUUGCUGUUUACCGUGGCGAAUGAUUUUAACAUUGCAAGUAUUCCUACAGGGUAGAUAAGAGGCUAUUCGGCCAAACGAGUCUCUACUUGUGCAACCUGAUUAUUCCAUAUAAAGAAUCGGAUCGUAACUUGUAAUUGUAAGAUAUAGCAGCAGCAUUAGGCCAUUCUGCCCAUCCAGCUUGUUCUCCCUUUCGAACAUGGCUGAUCUUUCUCAAACUUCCCGUACCCUUCGAUCCUCUUUUUUUUCAUGACUACAUGUCCAUCUCAGUAAUGAUAUCAAUGUGUACUUGGCUGUCCAUGCCAUGAGUAAUAAUUUGAUUUUAUUUAUUGUGGAACCCAGACGUUAAUGUUACUUAUUGCAGUAUUUAUAUUUCUCAGGCAUAACACUCUGGGAGCCUGCGGAUGUGUUUAUGUGGCGCGUUCUUUCCAGCUGCCCGUUUAGGCAGCGAUUACAAAUUGUCUUCGGGCAAGUAAUAGUCUGGGUGAAAUAAAAAUUACCGAUAAAGUGUGGUUCUGUAAUUUUAUCGGUGUACACUGUUUUAGCUUUUAAGAUUUUUCAAUCGGCGGUUUUUCGAUUGAUUCACGGCGGGUACAGGUUCGGUUGCUCAUCCAGAGAGAGCAGGAAGCGAUAGGAGACAUUAGUACUGUAUUUCGAUCGGAAGUUAGUUAAAAACAAAAACGGAAGGCUGCAGCAGUAGUUAAUUUACAACUAAUGAGAUCUUCAUUCAGGGAUUGCGGAAAUAUAGUGAUUAGAAGAGUGAUUUUCACAUCAAAUUUUGGUGUUGGGUUAGAUAUUUCUGGAAAAAAAAACCAUCUCCUCAUUGAUUUCCUUUGCGAUAACAUGGCUUGUGGUGAGAUGGAGGCAGGAGGGAAAUGGCGCCAAGAGAUCAACAGCUUAUUUUCAAAUUUGAAAAUGCCCGCCAUCACGUAUAAAAGAGGAGGUUAUACAGUGGAGAAUUAUUAGUUUUUCGAUUAUGAAACUAAACUUCACACAAUCUCACUUUACCGCAUUCCCUCCUUUUACAGCUGAAAAAUGACUGCUAUUGAACACGCGCUCUCUCUCUCUCCAGAGGCUAACGAAAAUAAGAGUAGGGAUGAAACGAGCAGACAAUAAAUUGCAGAGGUGAAUGCUGCAGAGACAGUGGGAGAAUUCAGUUUAUUGAUGCAGUUAAAGCAAAUGUGAAGCCAAACCCGAUCGCGAACAUCCGUGACACUAUUCUAAACUCAGAACAUUGAUCAAACAUAAAGAUCACUCAGGCAGUGACCGUGCAAUGAGAAAUAAUGUAGUUCCAGACACCCUUACAAUCGUAUUGUAUGUUGUAAUCUUCGCUGAAAAUGUGUUGCUGGAAAAGCGCAGCAGGUCAGGCAGCAUCCAGGGAACAGGAGA